AUUGUUUUCUUCACAGAUACUUCUAGCAUUAACCCUUAUUUCUUGGGUUUAUACUAUACUAGCAGGCUACACUAUAGCCAAAAGACAACUUGCAAAGAAUAUAGAAGCCUGUGGAUUGACUGCUGAAUAUGGGGAAGGGAAAGGACAAGAGCCUUGGUAGUCCCAAGAGAAGCUUAGAUAGCCCCAAGUCCCCAAAGUUACGCACAUCAUCACCAUCGUUUCGUCGGGAGCAGUUACUACGAACUGAUCCUCUCCCGGAGAUCAAUGUGACACCAUAUCCCCUUUCAACAUCCACUGAAAUGGCCAUGGCCAUGAGUUCAGAGGCCCAGGCCUUACAGGAGAGAGUCAAAGUCUUAUCAGACCUUGUCCGUGAACUACAAAGGGCCCGUGAUGAAAAUAUUCCCCAAAUGAAUAACAUUAAUAGUUUAUCUGAGAAAAUUGUUAGUGAAGAAAAGCUGACCGUUACUAAUAGGGGCAAAUUAAAACUACUGUAUGAGAAAGCUGUAGCUGAUUCUGAGAAAGAAGUUGCCCUAAUGAAGAAAGCUUUAAACACUGUGUAUCAGAUACGCAACAUUCGCCAUGACUUGCGAAUACAGGCGAAGAAUUCUGGCAACAAAGAAACAAUUAGACGAGGCGCCCUCAUGAAGAUGCUUCUGAACUGUGCACAGACCCUCCCACUGUGGAUUGGGAAUGCUGGAGAAAAGCCACCUCCUUUGUGUGGCGCUGUUCCUCCAGAGCAAAAUUAUAUUGCGAAGGUGAAUGAUAUGGUAGCUUGCUUAGUUAGAGGCAGUGAAGGUGAAGACAACUGGAUUCUGGCUGAGGUUGUAAAUUAUAAUACUGCUACCAACAAGUAUGAGGUAGAUGACAUCGAUGAGGAGCAGAAGGAACGGCACACACUAAGCCGUAGACGAGUUUACCCAUUGCCUCUGAUGAGAGCUAAUCCAGAGGUCAAUCCCGAAGCAUUGUAUCCUAAGGGCUCUAUAGUGAUGGCCUUAUACCCUCAGACGACAUGUUUCUACAAAGCCAUUAUUAAUCGCCUGCCUACAUUGGCAACAGAGGAGUAUGAAGUGCUGUUUGAGGAUCCUUCUUAUGCUGAUGGUUAUUCACCACCUCUGAUGGUUGCUCAGAGAUAUGUGAUUCAGAUAAAAGAAGUUAAAAAGAAAUCUUGAUCUACCUCUGUUGAUGAAGAGGAGUCAUGCUCUUGAUUUAAUUUAGUUUUUCAUAGGUUUGUAUUUUCCAGAUGUUGUGUUGGUAAUUUGCUGUCUUUUUCAGGAGUUUCCUUCAAAGACAACUGUCUUGGUAUCAUACAUUUAACAUUCUUUUGGUACUUUCAAGUUGUCUGCAAGGUAUAUUCUCUUUGCAAAUGGAAGUUGUAAAGAGAUGUAUUGAAAUGCUUUUCUUUAAGAUUACAGAAACAACAGGAAUAGUGCAAUAUUGAAUUAUACGUAAUAAAAAUGGGUGACAGCUGUUUUCCAUCAAAAAAUUCUAUUAGAUAGAAUAAGAAUCUGUUGCUUCAUUUCUUGCCUUAUAAACUCAUUUUUUAAUUUGUUUAUUGACAAAACCAACUUUUUUGCCCACAAGCAUUGCUUUUGCAAGAAAUAUUGCUAAUGACUGGAGCAUUUGUGCUGCCUCUCUUGUGACUUCCUGUAUGUACAUAUCAAAGAUCAGUGAAUGUGGGUUGCACUAGAUGGAGUCUGAAGAUUUGUUUAGAUUUUAGUACAUAAUUUAAAGUAUUACAGACUCAGGAGGAGGAGAGACAUUUUCAGAUAUGUUAAUUGAAGUGUAACUGUUGCAGAAGACUAUAGUGUAUCAUAAUAGCAACAGAAUUGGAAAAUGUGAAUUUCUAGUGUUUAGUCUUCCUUGCCUACCAAACAAGAAAUUUAAAGAUAAUUAUUUUUUUUAAUAUGGUAGCUUGACAUUUUAUUGUAAUUAAAUGUAUAUAAACUUGACAUAUAUAACAUUUUAUUUUAAAUUCAGCUAAAGUGUGCCUGGUGAUUUAGGAAAUGUAGGAUUAGUUGAUAAGAUUUGAAGAUCUCAUCAUGUAUGUAUUUUUUAUAUUUUAUUAUUUAUAAUAAUAUGAAUUCAUCACCAACUACUCUCAGCCAGUAAGCACAUAAACUGAAUGGCUCAAUUGCAUAGCCACCACAAAGCUUUAUAGCAAAUAUAAGUAUUUGCUAUGAACAGAUUGCAUAACUUGAUUUUAAAAUUUUGGGACAGAAGUUGUUACAUCUUUUAUACCCAGUAUGAUAUUAGUCAUUUGGGAUCAUGAAAAGUGAUAACUCUUCCUAUGAGAGAAGUAAGUUAAGGUGUUUUUAACAUUGAUUGGCCAAAGCGUGAGACAACAAAUACCAUGCCUCUUUAUAAGUAGUAUGCAAAAUGUAUUUGGAUAUAGUCAAAUAAAUUCAUCUAAUAAUGAUCUUAGACAUACUACUGUCUACAGUGUGCCAUUAAUGGCACACUGUUGAUAGUACUGAAAGUUUUCUACAGCUUUCUUGAGGCUUCUAGUUGCAUUGUUUUCUGCCUUUCCUUUCUCCUGUUCUGAUAGUAUAUAUCUUCUUUGAUUUUACUUUUCUCCAAUUUCCAUUUGUCAUUCAAGAAAAAUCUAAUAGAUGGAUACAACUGUGACUUUGUGUUCUCUUUAAUCUGUUUUAUAAUAAUAAUGAUAAUCUCUCUACUUAUGUUGCUACAAUAAGUAUCCAGUAAACUAGCAUUGUGAAUGUAAGAUUUACUGUAACUGCCAGAAUACUUUUAUUAAUUAGAUAAGAAAAGAAAAUGUAAUAGUAUCACUUACUGGUAAAGAUGUCCUUAACAUGAUACCAUAUGCAGACUUAAACCCUUUAACUUACUGUUUCAAAAUGAACCCAUUUUGAUUAGGAUGACAUCUGUCAUUUUUUUUUUUUUUAAUUUUGUCAUGUCAUUUUUCUUGAGGUUUUCCAUUUUUAAAGAUGAGUACUAAAAAUAACAGACAUUUAUCAUCAAAUUGACAUGAAAACCAAAUUUGUACACUUAGAUAUAGAAUUACAGUGAGAAAUUUAAGAAAAAUGUUGCUAUGUCCAUAAUUGGUCAGUGUGGUUUGCCACAAAACUUUUGGAAGCCACAAAUCUCAGAAGAAUAAAUAAUGUUUUAUCUGACAUUCAAGCAGUAGCCAUUACUAAGUCAUGGAAAUGAGUCAAAGAAUAAAUACUAUGUCUGGUCAUGAGAAGGAUAUUUUUCUUGCCACAAAUAGGUAUUAAUACACCAACUACUACGUAAUUACUGUAGUUAUGGGUAUUGUAUACAAAAGUAAAUUUUUAUAUAUGAGAGUCAGGCCCAAUCUUGUAUGUUUUUAGGUUUAAUGUUUUCGGAAUAAACAUGAAAAAUUUA